UCGCUCCCCCCUUCUCCCUCUCUCUCUGGUUGAUGCGGAGAUUCCUGCGCUCACCCUGUCACCAACAAGACUCCAAACUGAGAGGAUUGUUUGGGGAAAAAUGCAAAAUUGCCAUUUUUAACGACGAAUGGGGAAAUAUAUUCGUUUUUGUGUCUGCUCUGAGGCGUUUCUUCGUUGAGGCAGAUGCCAAGGAGUGUUUUUUGAGAGGGUAAUAUGGAUAAACAAGCUAAGAAAAGCGGCUGAGGAUUUUUAAGGCUUUGGGUAAAACGGUUAGGCAGCCGUUAGGAGGCUGAUUAGUUUAGUCUGCAGCGACAUUGAAGAGGCAACAGGCAUGGUUUCACUGUAGCAGUUAAAAAGCAAAUAAAUUACCCUGUAUGUAUCUGUGUCUGCGCUUUUUACGCGUCGUUUUUAACUGAAGAACAAAUUUCUUUCGGAAAGAGAUGGCUCACCUAAUCCGACACAAGCUCACCAACAAACUGACCAAUGCGGCCCACACGGUGUCCAACAAAUCUCAGGCCAAGGUCAGUGGGAUGUUCGCGCGACUGGGCUUCCAGGCCGCGACGGACGAGGAGGGUUUGGGUUUCGCGGAGUGCGACGACUUGGAUUAUGACUACAGGCAAGGGAUGCAAAUGGAUGUCCUUCAAGGAGAAGAGGAAGGGGGGCACAUGGAGGGAGAGGGGGAGCUGGAGGGAGACAGCCACUACCAGAGAGACGGCACCGGGCCGAGGCCCUCGUCCCUAAAGACGGAAAGCUCUCUGGAAGAAGAAAAGCCAAAAAUCACAUCAUGGGAAGCUGGCUGGAAUGUCACUAACGCCAUUCAGGGCAUGUUCGUCCUCGGCCUGCCGUACGCCAUCCUCCACGGCGGCUACCUCGGCCUCUUCCUCAUUAUCUUUGCUGCCGUGGUGUGCUGCUACACCGGCAAAAUCCUCAUCGCGUGUCUGUAUGAAGAGAAUGAGGACGGCAUAAAAGUGCGCGUGAGGGACUCCUACGUGGACAUCGCAAAUGCUUGCUGCGCGCCCCGCUUCCCAACACUGGGCGGCCACGUCGUGAACGUGGCUCAGAUCAUCGAGCUGGUCAUGACCUGUAUUCUUUACGUAGUGGUCAGCGGCAACCUGAUGUACAACAGUUUCCCGGGGUUUCCAGUUUCCCAGAAAGCCUGGUCUGUGGUGGCCACAGCAGCGCUCCUGCCGUGCGCGUUCCUGAAGAACCUCAAGGCCGUGUCCAAGUUCAGCUUGCUCUGCACGCUGGCGCACUUCAUUAUCAACAUCCUGGUGAUUGCCUACUGCCUCUCCAGGGCGCGAGAGUGGGCCUGGGAGAAGGUGAAGUUUUACAUCGAUGUGAAGAAAUUCCCCAUUUCAAUUGGCAUCAUCGUGUUCAGCUACACCUCCCAGAUCUUCCUCCCGUCUUUGGAGGGAAACAUGCAGAAGCCCAGUGAGUUCCACUGCAUGAUGGAUUGGACUCACAUUGCGGCUUGCGUCCUCAAGGGCCUCUUUGCCCUGGUGGCCUACUUGACAUGGGCAGAUACUACCAAAGAGGUUAUCACGGAUAACCUGCCUUCAACAAUCCGGGCUGUGGUGAAUCUCUUCCUCGUCGCCAAGGCGCUGCUGUCUUACCCUCUGCCAUUCUUUGCUGCGGUUGAAGUUCUGGAGAAAUCAUUGUUCCAGGAUGGUGGGAGAGCCCUCUUUCCAGACUGCUACGGCCCUGGAGGGCAGUUGAAAUCUUGGGGCCUAGGCCUUAGAGUAGCCCUGGUAGUCUUUACCUUGCUUAUGGCCGUCUUUGUCCCCCAUUUCGCCCUUCUUAUGGGCUUAACUGGGAGCCUUACUGGUGCUGGCCUGUGCUUCCUCUUGCCAAGCCUCUUCCACCUGAAGCUCCAGUGGAGAAAUCUCCUGUGGCACCACGUCUUCUUCGACGUUUCCAUUUUUAUUAUCGGGGGCAUAUGCGCCAUAUCUGGCUUCAUCCACUCGAUCGAAGGGCUCAUAGAGGCGUUCAGGUACGAUCUGCACGACUGAGAGCUUCAAUGACUGCCUGUGAAUGGCGAUUGUCCUAAAAUGGAGGUUGCCCUGACGCUAACCCUCUGAAAACACCACGUUGAGGACAUGGCAUAAUUUCAUGAAGAGGAUUAUUUGUGUGAAAUGUACAUCUUCUUUUUAUUUUUUUGCCUUCGUGAUAAUGUGCAAUAAUAAACUCUACAGUCAUAGUGUAAAGUAGUCUACUCAUUCCAGAAAACGUGUUUCAUUAACUGGACACAGGAACACAACCUCCUGCAUGAAGGGGGGUGAAUUAAAUAUGCGGGCAUUAAAAAGCCUGUCAGGUGUCAGUCUUCAUGCAAAGAUACAGUGAAAAAGCCUGGCACGGGUCUAACUGUGCGAGUGUAGUGUUUAAAUCUUGGGGGUGAAAUAUGUGAAAAACAAUGAAGUGAUGAUGUUAUUACUGGUUUUUGAGCUGCUAGAUAUCAUUAACCCCACUUCAGAGAAAAUAAAAGACUAAAGCAUCCAUCAGAUCAGAUGGUGCACCAUAAACCAUGAAUAACUUAUGUGUAGUGGUUUGAACAGAAUGAUUUUUUUUUUUCCAAAGUCGGUUUUGGUUUCGUGUUUGUUUGUUUUUCAUUCUUAUGCCUAUAGUAGUCCUUGCUGUUUGUUUUUAUUGGUGUUUCAAGUGUCAUUCUGGAUGAAGUGAAUUCAAGUGCAAGCAAGUGGGUCCUAAUUGUGUUAUAUGGAAAAAAAAAUGUCUGAUAAUACUCUGUUCCUAUUGAACUUUGUGAGUUGUGAAUUAAUGGAACUAAUCAUGGUGUGUGAGACAAAAGAGUAUUUGUUGAAUUAAGAGAUAAAUAAAUGAGAUAUUUUAUGGCUGGUGA